CUGAUCAUUGGUCCAUCCCUUACAAGAGAGAAGAAUCGCUAGGAAAAUGCUUGUUGGCGUCUACCUACCUUGCAAGACUUGGUCUUUCCGAGUCUGAUGAGAAUUGUAAAAGAUUUAUGGAUAGGUGUAUGCCUGAAGCAUUUAAAAAGCUCCUAACAUCAAGUGCUGUUCACAAGUGGGGUACUGAAAUUCAUGAAGGGAUCUACAACAUGUUGAUGCUCUUAAUAGAACUGGUUGCAGAGAGAAUAAAACAAGAUCCAAUUCCCAUUGGUCUCCUGGGUGUGCUUACAAUGGCUUUCAAUCCUGAUAAUGAAUACCAUUUUAAAAACAGAAUGAAAGUGUCUCAAAGGAAUUGGGCAGAAGUGUUUGGAGAGGGAAAUAUGUUUGCUAUCUCACCUGUAUCUACUUUCCAAAAGGAACCUCAUGGAUGGGUUGUGGAUUUGGUAAACAAGUUUGGAGAAUUGGGUGGAUUUGCAGCAAUUCAAGCUAAGCUCCGUUCAGAAGAUAUAGAACUUGGGGCAGUCUCAGCAUUGGUGCAGCCCUUAGGGGUGUGUGCAGAGUACCUCAAUUCCUCAGUGGUUCAGCCUAUGCUAGACCCGGUCAUCCUUACUACAAUCCAGGAUGUGCGGAGUGUGGAGGAAAAGGACCUCAAAGACAAGAGAUUGGUUAGUAUCCCCGAGCUCUUGUCUGCCAUCAAGUUACUUUGCAUGCGCUUCCAACCAGAUCUGGUGACUGUAGUGGACGACCUUCGAUUAGACAUCCUACUGCGCAUGCUGAAAUCACCCCAUUUUAGCGCUAAAAUGAAUUCCCUCAAAGAAGUAACCAAACUAAUAGAAGAUAGCACUUUAUCCAAAUCUGUGAAGAAUGCUAUAGAUACAGACAGAUUGUUAGAUUGGCUAGUUGAAAACUCAGUUCUUUCAAUUGCACUGGAAGGCAACAUAGACCAAGCGCAGUACUGUGAUCGUAUAAAGGGAAUUAUUGAACUCUUGGGCAGUAAAUUAUCUUUAGAUGAACUCACUAAAAUUUGGAAGAUACAGUCAGGACAAUCAUCUACUGUGAUCGAGAAUAUUCAUACUAUUAUUGCUGCAGCAGCUGUCAAGUUUAAUUCAGAUCAGCUCAAUCAUUUGUUUGUUCUCAUUCAGAAGAGCUGGGAAACUGAGAGCGAUCGAGUAAGACAGAAGCUAUUGAGCCUGAUUGGACGGAUAGGCCGGGAAGCUCGCUUUGAGACCACUUCUGGAAAGGUGUUAGAUGUACUCUGGGAACUGGCUCAUCUUCCAACACUGCCCAGCAGCCUCAUUCAGCAAGCUUUGGAUGAACACCUGACAAUCCUUAGUGACGCAUAUGCAGUGAAAGAAGCGAUCAAGAGGAGCUACAUCAUCAAGUGCAUAGAAGAUAUUAAAAGGCCUGGAGAAUGGUCAGGUUUGGAAAAAAAGAAGGAUGGAUUCAAGGUGCUUGAUUCAGAUGUGUUCCUAAAGUACCUCCUUAGACAAACAGUGAAUGGGCAGCAAGGUGGGCUGACUGGGGAUUAUGUCUCCCUGCCAGGCUCCACAGAAACUAAGCAAAGGUCAUGUCAGCUUAACAAUCCCCAGUUUGUAUGGGUGGUACCAGCUUUGCGUCAGCUCCAUGAAAUCACCCGUUCAUUCAUAAAACAAACCUAUCAAAAGCAAGACAAGAGCAUUAUUCAAGACUUGAAGAAAAAUUUUGAAAUAGUGAAAUUGGUAACGGGAAGUUUGAUAGCUUGUCAUCGGCUUGCAGCAGCCAUGGCUGGACCUGGAGGCCUGACUGGUUCAACACUAGUGGAUGGCCGAUACACUUACCGGGAGUAUUUAGAAGCCCAUCUAAAAUUUCUGGCAUUUUUCUUGCAAGAAGCUACUCUGUAUUUGGGUUGGAAUCGUGCCAAGGAAAUCUGGGAGUGUCUUGUGACUGGCCAGGAUGUUUGUGAAUUAGAUAGAGAGAUGUGUUUUGAAUGGUUUACAAAAGGGCAACAUGACCUUGAGAGUGAUGUUCAGCAGCAGCUCUUCAAGGAGAAGAUUCUUAAAUUGGAAUCAUAUGAAAUCACUAUGAAUGGUUUUAACUUAUUUAAGACUUUUUUUGAAAAUGUGAAUCUCUGUGAUCAUCGAUUGAAAAGACAAGGAGCUCAGUUGUAUGUAGAAAAGCUGGAAUUGAUAGGAAUGGAUUUCAUUUGGAAAAUAGCCAUGGAAUCACCUGAUGAAGAAAUUGCAAAUGAAGCUAUUCAGUUAAUCAUAAACUAUAGUUACAUUAAUCUAAAUCCUAGGUUAAAGAAGGAUUCUGUAUCAUUGCAUAAGAAAUUCAUUGCUGAUUGCUAUACAAGAUUAGAAGCAGCCAGUUCAGCACUUGGCGGCCCCACUCUAACACAUGCUGUGACCAGAGCAACAAAAAUGCUUACAGCAACUGCCAUGCCAACUGUAGCAACAUCAGUUCAGUCUCCAUAUAGAUCCACUAAACUUGUAAUCAUUGAGAGAUUGCUGCUUCUGGCAGAACGUUAUGUGAUCACUAUAGAGGAUUUUUAUUCUGUUCUACGAACUAUUCUACCUCAUGGUGCCUCAUUUCAUGGACAUCUUCUAACGCUUAAUGUUACUUAUGAGUCUACCAAAGAUACCUUUACUGUAGAGGCUCACAGUAAUGAAACCAUAGGGAGUGUCCGGUGGAAGAUAGCCAAGCAAUUGUGCUGUCCUGUGGAUAAUAUACAGAUAUUUACAAAUGAUAGUCUGCUGACAGUAAAUAAAGAUCAAAAGUUACUCCACCAGCUGGGCUUUUCUGAUGAACAGAUGCUUACGGUGAAGACUUCUGGCAGUGGGACCCCAUCCGGGAGCUCUGCAGAUUCCUCCACCAGCUCCAGCAGCAGCAGCAGUGGAGUUUUUAGUUCAUCAUAUGCCAUGGAGCAGGAGAAAUCCCUUCCUGGUGUUGUGAUGGCACUUGUGUGUAAUGUAUUUGACAUGCUUUACCAGCUUGCCAAUCUAGAGGAGCCAAGGAUAACUCUACGAGUACGAAAGCUUCUGCUCUUAAUACCCACUGAUCCAGCCAUUCAGGAAGCCCUUGACCAACUGGAUUCUUUAGGAAGAAAGAAAACAUUGCUGUCUGAAACAAGCUCUCAGUCUUCAAAAUCUCCAUCCCUCUCUUCAAAGCAGCAGCACCAGCCAAGCGCCAGCUCAAUUCUAGAGAGUCUCUUUCGAUCUUUUGCUCCAGGAAUGUCCACCUUUCGAGUGCUUUACAACUUAGAAGUUCUAAGCUCCAAACUUAUGCCAACAGCUGAUGAUGACAUGGCAAGAAACUGUGCAAAAUCCUUCUGUGAGAACUUCCUCAAAGCAGGAGGUUUGAGUUUGGUUGUAAAUGUCAUGCAGAGGGACUCCAUCCCAUCAGAAGUCGACUAUGAAACAAGGCAGGGAGUUUAUUCUAUCUGUCUACAACUCGCAAGAUUUUUACUUGUUGGACAAACAAUGCCCACGUUAUUAGAUGAAGACAUUGCCAAAGAUGGUAUAGAGGCACUUUCUUCUCGCCCAUUCCGAAACAUUAGCCGGCAGACCAGCAGGCAGAUGUCCCUAUGUGGUACCCCAGAAAAGUCGUCCUACCGACAGUUGUCAGUGUCUGAUAGGUAUUCUAUUAGGGUGGAGGAAAUCAUUCCUGGUGCAAGAGUUGCAAUACAAACAAUGGAAGUAAAUGAUUUUACUUCCACUGUGGCUUGUUUCAUGAGACUGUCGUGGGCUGCUGCUGCAGGACGACUUGACCUUGUUGGGAGUAGCCAACCAAUAAAAGAAAGUAAUUCUCUGUUUCCUGCUGGAAUUCGAAACAGGCUCAGCAGUUCAGGAAGCAAUUGCAGCUCUGGAAGUGAAGGAGAGCCAGUCGCCCUGCACGCAGGCAUCUGUGUGCGCCAGCAGUCCGUGUCCACCAAAGACUCCCUGAUUGCUGGCGAGGCUCUGUCUCUCCUGGUUACCUGCCUACAGCUUCGGAGCCAACAGCUGGCAUCUUUCUAUAACUUGCCCUGUGUUGCUGAUUUUAUCAUCGAUAUUCUGCUUGGAUCGCCAAGUGCUGAGAUUCGCCGUGUUGCCUGUGAUCAACUGUACACUCUUAGUCAGACAGAUACUUCAACUCAUCCAGAUGUACAGAAGCCAAAUCAGUUUCUUCUAGGCGUGAUUCUCACAGCUCAGCUGCCUCUCUGGUCUCCAACUAGUAUUAUGAGAGGAGUCAAUCAGAGACUGUUGUCUCAGUGUAUGGAAUAUUUUGACCUGAGGUGCCAAUUAUUAGAUGAUUUGACAACUUCAGAAAUGGAGCAGUUAAGAAUCAGCCCAGCUACCAUGCUUGAAGAUGAGAUUACUUGGCUGGAUAACUUUGAACCUAAUCGCACAGCUGAAUGUGAGACCAGUGAAGCAGACAACAUCUUAUUGGCAGGACACUUACGGCUCAUUAAGACCCUUCUUUCACUCUGUGGGGCAGAAAAAGAAACCCUGGGUUCAUCACUCAUUAAACCAUUGUUAGAUGACUUCCUUUUCCGAGCUUCUAGAAUUAUUUUAAAUAGUCAUUCUCCAGCUGGCAGUGCCGCCAUCAGUCAACAGGACUUUCAUCCAAAGUGUAGUACAGUGAAUAGCCGAUUGGCAGCCUAUGAAGUCCUUGUAAUGUUGGCUGAUAGCUCACUUCCAAAUCUUCAAAUUAUUACAAAAGAACUACUUUCCAUGCAUCAUCAACCGGACCCUGCUCUUACCAAGGAGUUUGAUUACCUCCCCCCAGUGGACAGCAGGUCCAGUGCAGGGUUUGUGGGUUUGAGGAAUGGUGGCGCCACAUGUUACAUGAACGCCGUCUUCCAGCAGCUGUACAUGCAGCCUGGUCUCCCUGAGGCGUUACUUUCAGUGGAUGACGACACUGACAAUCCAGAUGAUAGUGUAUUCUACCAAGUGCAGUCUCUGUUUGGGCAUUUGAUGGAAAGCAAGCUGCAGUAUUAUGUACCUGAGAACUUUUGGAAGAUUUUCAAAAUGUGGAACAAAGAACUUUAUGUGAGAGAACAACAGGAUGCGUAUGAGUUCUUCACUAGCCUCAUUGAUCAGAUGGAUGAAUAUCUCAAGAAAAUGGGAAGAGACCAAAUUUUUAAGAAUACUUUUCAAGGCAUCUAUUCUGAUCAGAAAAUCUGUAAAGACUGUCCUCACAGAUAUGAGCGAGAGGAAGCUUUCAUGGCUCUCAAUCUAGGAGUUACUUCCUGUCAGAGUUUGGAAAUUUCUUUGGACCAGUUUGUUAGAGGAGAAGUUCUAGAGGGAAGUAAUGCCUAUUACUGUGAAAAGUGUAAAGAAAAGAGAAUAACAGUCAAAAGGACCUGUAUUAAGUCUUUACCUAGUGUCUUGGUCAUUCACCUAAUGAGAUUCGGAUUUGACUGGGAAAGUGGACGCUCCAUUAAAUAUGAUGAACAGAUAAAGUUUCCCUGGAUGUUAAACAUGGAGCCGUACACAGUUUCAGGAAUGGCUCGCCAAGAUUCAUCUUCUGAAGUUGGUGAAAAUGGACGAAAUAUGGAUCAGGGAGGUGGAGGGUCUCCACGAAAGAAAGUUGCCCUCACAGAAAACUAUGAACUUGUCGGUGUCAUCGUACACAGUGGGCAGGCACAUGCCGGCCACUACUAUUCCUUCAUUAAGGAUAGGCGGGGAUGUGGAAAAGGAAAGUGGUAUAAAUUUAAUGACACCAUUAUAGAAGAAUUUGACCUAAAUGAUGAGACUCUGGAAUAUGAAUGCUUUGGAGGAGAAUAUAGACCAAAAGUUUAUGAUCAAACAAAUCCAUAUACUGAUGUUCGCCGAAGAUACUGGAAUGCCUAUAUGCUCUUCUACCAACGGGUAUCUGAUCAGAACUCCCCAGUCUUACCAAAGAAAAGUCGCGUCAGCGUUGUGCGGCAGGAAGCUGAGGAUCUCUCUCUAUCAGCACCUUCUUCACCAGAAAUUUCACCUCAGUCAUCCCCUAGGCCCCAUAGGCCUAACAAUGACCGGCUCUCUAUUCUAACCAAACUGGUUAAAAAAGGAGAGAAGAAAGGACUGUUUGUGGAGAAAAUGCCUGUUCGAAUAUAUCAGAUGGUGAGAGAUGAAAACCUCAAGUUUAUGAAGAAUAGAGAUGUGUACAGUAGUGAUUAUUUCAGUUUUGUGUUGUCUUUAGCAUCAUUGAAUGCUACUAAAUUAAAGCAUCCAUGCUAUCCUUGCAUGGCAAAGGUAAGCCUACAGCUUGCCAUUCAAUUCCUUUUUCAAACUUAUCUACGGACAAAGAAAAAACUCAGGGUUGAUACUGAAGAAUGGAUUGCCACUAUUGAAGCAUUACUUUCAAAAAGUUUUGAUGCUUGUCAGUGGCUAGUUGAAUAUUUUAUUGGUUCUGAAGGACGAGAAUUGAUAAAGAUAUUCUUGCUGGAGUGCAAUGUGAGAGAAGUGCGAGUCGCUGUGGCCACCAUUCUGGAGAAAACCCUGGACAGUGCCUUGUUUUAUCAGGACAAGUUAAAAAGCCUUCACCAGUUACUGGAGGUACUACUUGCUCUGUUGGAUAAAGAUGUCCCAGAAAAUUGUAAAAACUGUGCUCAGUACUUUUUCCUGUUCAACACUUUUGUACAAAAGCAAGGUAUUAGGGCUGGAGACCUCCUCCUGCGGCAUUCAGCUCUGCGACACAUGAUCAGCUUUCUCCUGGGGGCCAGUCGCCAGAACAAUCAGAUACGGCGAUGGAGUUCCGCACAAGCACGAGAAUUUGGGAAUCUUCACAACACAGUGGCAUUACUUGUUUUGUAUUCAGAUGUCUCUUCCCAGAGGAAUGUUGCUCCUGGGGUAUUUAAACAACGGCCACCUAUCAGCAUUGCUCCUUCAAGCCCUCUGCUGCCCCUCCACGAGGAAGUAGAAGCCUUGUUGUUCUUGUCUGAAGGAAAACCUUACCUGUUAGAGGUGAUGUUUGCUCUGCGUGAGCUGACGGGUUCGCUCCUGGCGCUCAUGGAGAUGGUGGUGUACUGCUGCUUCUGCAACGAGCACUUCUCCUUCACUAUGCUGCACUUCAUUAAGAACCAACUAGAAACAGCUCCACCCCACGAGUUAAAGAAUACCUUCCAACUACUGCAUGAGAUAUUGGUCAUUGAAGAUCCCAUUCAAGUAGAGCGAGUCAAAUUUGUGUUUGAGACAGAAAAUGGACUACUAGCUCUGAUGCACCACAGUAAUCAUGUGGACAGCAGUCGCUGCUACCAAUGUGUCAAAUUUCUGGUAACUCUUGCUCAAAAGUGUCCUGCUGCUAAAGAGUACUUCAAGGAGAACUCCCACCACUGGAGCUGGGCUGUGCAGUGGCUGCAGAAGAAGAUGUCAGAACAUUAUUGGACACCGCAAAGCAAUGUCUCUAAUGAAACAUCAACUGGAAAGACUUUUCAGCGGACGAUUUCAGCUCAGGACACACUAGCGUAUGCCACCGCUUUGCUGAAUGAGAAAGAACAGUCAGGGAGCAGCAACGGGUCGGAGAGCAGCCCCGCGAAUGAGAACGGAGACAGGCACCUACAACAGGGUUCAGAAUCGCCUAUGAUGAUUGGCGAGUUAAGAAGUGACCUUGACGACGUGGAUCCCUAGAGGAGCGUGUCCGGCACACGAUGGGGAGUCACAUCGCAGUUACUGGAUGCUUAGCACCUGUUUGAAACCAGAAUCGCACCUUGAACCCUUUAGAAGAACCUGGAAGUGGGCGGGAAGAGCCUGCCACGGCCUGAGGAGCGUGUGUGAGGAAAGCGCUGUGGCCAGGAGUGGGGCUCUUUUGCAGGGGGAGAGCGCCGGCCUGUGGAUCAGCUGCCCCGAGGCAGGUCCACAUGUGGGUUAACAUUUCUGUGGCGAUUUUACAAAAUAAACUGUGACAGACUUUUGUUACAUGAACAUACAACAGUGAGUGAGGGUAAAGCUGUGGCUUUCUCUACGAUACUAUAGAAGAAAUUCUUUUGGUUUUUAUUUUUAUUUUUUUAAAGAAAUAUGCCUUUAGCUGUGUGGGGCAAAUUUUUAAUCUUGUAGUAACAUUGAUUAGGGAUAUCAAAUUUAAGGUUAUGUAAAGAUAUGUGAUAAAAUUCCUUUCAUUGUAAAAUAGUAAAGAAUUCAGUUUACACAGACCUUUGUAUUUAAUAUGUCUCCCUAUUUGUACAGAAUUGCAGAUGGGUUUGGAUGAGAGCCCUGGGCUUAAACUUGGAUCUUGAUGAAAUGUUACCAGGAUUGAAAAUUGGGAGGUUAUUAAGCUAUUCAAGGCCUUUUUCCUGAUAUAAUUGAAGUGCUGUUCCCCAGGGCACAUUCUUGACAUCAGUCACUAAAGAAAUCGUAAGUUAUUCCCAAAAUAAAAUUUAAAAACAGCAAAAUAAGAAGCACUUUAAGGUAUAAUUUUAUUGAGUUUAACUUCAUGAAAUCAUCUUUUUAAUGCUUGGAGACAUAUUGAAUAAACUAGUCUUAAAUCA